CCGCGUCCGGAGGGCCAGGCCUGUGCUGCCCGCACCCGGCAGGUGGAGCCGGACAUGGACAGGCCGGGGAGGCCGGGGUGCAGAGGGGCGUGGAGCAUGGGGGGACGCAGCCGAGGCCAGGUACCCUGGGGGAAGCUCAGGCUGCAGGGCUCCGGUAUAUAAAUCAGGCAAAGUCCCGCUGGAGCAUGAGCCUCUGAAACCCGCCGGCCUCUGAGGAGCCCCGUGCCCCGCGAGCCCAGAAUGAAGGUCCCGGCGGCAGGAGUCCUGCCCCUGCUGCUGAUUCUGCACUGGAGGCCCGGGGCGGGCAGCCCCCUGCCCAUCACGCCCCUCAAUGCCACCUGCGUCACCCGCCACCCCUGUCCCAAUGGUGUCAUGAACCAGGUCCGGCACCAGCUGGCCCAGCUCAACAGCAGUGCGGACGCCCUCUUCACACUCUAUUACACGGCGCAGGGCGAGCCCUUCCCCAACAACCUGGACAAGCUGUGCGGCCCCAACGUGACCGACUUCCCGGCCUUCCACGCCAACGGCACGGAGCGCGAGCGGCUGGUGGAGCUCUACCGCGUGGCGGCCUACCUGGGCGCGGCCCUGGGCAACAUCACCCGGGACCAGACGCUGCUCAACCCGCAGGCCUCGGGGCUGCACGCCAAGCUCAACGCCACGGCGGGCGCGCUGCGGGGGCUGCUCAGUAACGUGCGCUGCCGGCUGUGCAGCCGCUACCACGUGGGCCACGUGGACGUGACCUACGGCCCCGACACGGCCAGCAGGGACGUCUUCCAGAAGAAGAAGAUGGGCUGCCAGCUGCUGGGCAGGUACCGGCAGGUCAUCGCCGUGCUGGCCCGGGCCUUCUAGCCGGCGCCGGACACACUUGGGGGGGGCCGCCGGCCGGCCCCUCGGACCCUGACCUCCCGCCCCCGGGUGGGGUGGACGCAACUGGGCGGAGCCCACCGUGCAGCCUGAGGGGUCGGGCAGGCUGGGGGCUUCUUGCCCCAGUGAGUAUGCACAGAGCAAGUCAGCAGAGGGGACUCAGAAGGUGUGCAACAGACAGACAGACAGAUGGCUUAGGCCAAGGAGCUCUCCGGCCGAAGGUUCCUAGAGAGACCUCAGGCGGAGGGAGAUGCCUGAAGGAGGCCCCUGAAGCCAGAGUGGCUUCUUCUUCCCGAGGGCCCCUGUGGCCCAGCGUGGCCGGGGUGGUGGUGGGUCAGAGAGACGGGCCUGGAACGGGGUGGGGGGUGGGGGGACGGAGAUGUGGGAGUGGUGGCCAGCUAGGGGGCCCAUAGAGGGCCCAUGAGACUGCUCACACAAAGGUACUUGAAGGGACAGAAAGUCUGCUUGAGGGAUGGGGGGGGCAGAACUGGAGGUCAGGAGCCUCCAUGACCCAGCACCUCUAUUUAUUAUUAUUUAUAUUAACUUAUUGGUGCUUCCUGGCAGACUUCUGCCCCGCCCCAGAGAGAGAGCUGCUGUAUCCUUUCUGGCAGGAGCCAGAGGAUCAGGGAGUCAAGCUGUUACACAUGGGCCCAGAGCAGAGGAAAGGCAGGUGGGGUGGCCCAUGGGGUGCCGGGUCCUGGCUGGUUUGAGCAGUGGCCACCAGCUGCCCAUUCCCGGGAGGUCCCCAAGUUGGGGACUCCGGGACUGCUCUCUGGUGCCCUCUGGAGCGAGGGCUUAAAGGGCUCCAUCCCAGGUCCACGUGAGGCCCUUCCUGGUGCCCACGCGGCCUGCGGCUGCCUGGUCCAGGCCAUGUCCUCUGCCUGGCGUCUGGCAGGCCCUGGCGCAGCGGAGAGCCUCCUCCGGUGGCCCCAACACCUCGGAGGGCUGCAGGGCCUGGCUGGACCUCGGCGGGCGGGCAGAGGACGGGGAGGCCCUGGGCUGGGGACCAGGAAGCCGCGGUCCCUCCUGCCUCCUCCCGCGCCCCCACCCAUGUCUGGGCUCCCAGGCCAGGAACCCGAUCUUUCCCUUUGAGCUGAGGCCAGAGCUGAGAAACGCCCUGGCCUGGGAGCAGAGGGGCCGGGACAGCUCCAGCAGCCUCUCUCCACCCCGCCUGCCUGCCUGCCUGCCUGCCUGCCUGCCGGGGACCACACGCACUUGCUCCUGAGUGAGCACUUUAGCAAGCCUCCCACCCCGUUCCCCUCCAGGCUGGGGGCUGGGCAGGGCCAGGGCCACUGUCUACCCCUUUGCAAGACUGGCGUGGCCCCGUGGGCACGCUCACUGGAGCCCCAGCCGAUGUCCUAGGGCAGCCCACCACCCUGGGGACACUGACUUCCCAUGUGGCCCAGGAGUGUCCCCCUCCCCAACACCCGGCAACAGGGCCACCCUCUCACGUAGUCUUUCUGGAAGCAGGCGGGCGGGCUGGCACCUGCUUUGCAUGGCCUCUCUACCCCUGGAGCCUCUUUGGGCAGGAGGCAACCUUUGCCACCUGCGUGGAGGUCACGGCCCCAGAAGCGGAGGGUUUGCAGAGGAGGGGGCCGUCAUCUUGCCGUUUGUCGAGAGGGGAGACUUUCUGGACUGAACCCCCAGACCCUGCUGUGUCUCUUCUCCUUGUCCUCCCCAGCUCUGCCCUGCGUGGGAGGCCGGGACCUGGCCAGGGGAGACAUCCCCUUCUCCUGCCCCCUCCCUCACCAGCCAGUGCCUUCUCUGUCCCUCCUCCUCGUCCUGGGGGGCCGGGCCUGGGGACAGACUCUCCUCCAUGAAUGUACCUGUGGGAAUGUUUCAUACUGACAGAUUAUUUUAUUUAUUCAAUGUCAUAUUUAAGAUAUUUAUUUUUUAUACUGAAGGAAUACUUUUUUUUUUUUUAAAAGAAAAAGAAAUGAUUAAAGAAUCUGCUUUUGGCAAAGCUCUCAGAGUGU